CAACACAGCGGUCACGUGACCCCAGCUUUGAAUACGUGUAAAGAAAAUCUUGCCGAUGGUCGGCUGCCACAGUGUACGUCGAGCUCUUGUGUAGUUGAACGUAAGACAGGCAGGAGGGCCGAAGAGUACCUACGGAGCUCUCGGUUUUAGCCUGCAAACAUGGGCAUUAAAUUUUUAGAGGUGAUCAAGCCUUUCUGCAGUAUUCUGCCAGAAAUAGCUAAACCAGAAAGAAAGAUCCAAUUUAGAGAAAAAGUACUAUGGACCGCUAUAACUUUAUUCAUCUUCCUGGUAUGCUGCCAAAUUCCUUUAUUUGGCAUUAUGAGCUCGGAUUCAGCAGAUCCCUUCUAUUGGAUUCGAGUUAUUCUGGCUUCAAAUCGUGGUACUCUGAUGGAACUGGGUAUCUCCCCAAUUGUUACAUCGGGCCUCAUCAUGCAACUCUUGGCUGGUGCAAAGAUUAUUGAAGUUGGUGACACACCAAAAGACCGAGCUCUCUUCAAUGGUGCCCAGAAAUUGUUUGGUAUGGUCAUCACUGUUGGUCAAGCCAUUGUAUAUGUCAUGACUGGCAUGUAUGGUGAUCCUGCUGAUAUUGGUGCCGGAGUGUGCCUGCUCAUCAUUAUCCAACUCUUUGUUGCUGGUCUCAUCGUGUUGCUCCUGGACGAGCUUCUGCAGAAGGGUUAUGGUUUAGGCUCUGGUAUCUCCCUCUUCAUUGCCACCAACAUUUGUGAAACGAUUGUCUGGAAGGCAUUCAGCCCUGCUACCAUGAACACUGGAAGAGGCACUGAAUUUGAAGGUGCUGUUAUUGCUCUGUUCCAUCUGCUUGCCACUCGUCAGGACAAAGUCAGGGCUCUGCGUGAAGCUUUCUACCGCCAGAAUCUUCCCAACCUUAUGAAUCUGAUGGCCACCAUCCUUGUCUUUGCUGUUGUCAUAUACUUCCAGGGCUUCCGUGUGGACCUUCCUAUCAAGUCAGCUCGGUACCGUGGUCAGUACAGUAGCUAUCCUAUCAAGCUGUUCUACACCUCUAACAUUCCUAUCAUCCUGCAGUCAGCACUUGUAUCCAACCUUUACGUCAUCUCUCAGAUGUUGGCUGUCAAGUUCCAUGGCAACUUCCUCGUGAACCUGCUCGGAGUGUGGGCUGAUGUUGGUGGUGGCGGCCCUGCCCGUGCUUACCCUGUUGGUGGUCUUUGUUACUACUUGUCUCCACCUGAAAACCUUGGACACAUUUUGGAAGACCCCGUCCAUGCCGUUCUCUACAUUAUCUUUAUGCUGGGCUCAUGUGCAUUCUUCUCCAAGACAUGGAUUGAAGUGUCAGGGUCUUCAGCUAAGGAUGUUGCCAAGCAACUGAAAGACCAGCAGAUGGUCAUGGGUGGUCACCGUGAUCAUUCCCUGAUCCACGAGCUCAACCGUUACAUCCCAACUGCAGCUGCAUUUGGUGGUCUCUGCAUUGGAGCUCUUUCAGUGUUGGCUGACUUCAUGGGAGCCAUUGGCUCAGGAACUGGUAUUCUUCUAGCAGUUACUAUCAUCUACCAGUACUUUGAAAUCUUUGUUAAAGAACAGAGUGAAAUGGGAGGAAUGAGCACAUUGCUGUUUUAGGUAGCGUGUUCUUAAAUUAUCACCAUGUGAGAUUUAUUCUCUUGUGAUUGAUGAUGACUGAGUGAAAUUUAAGUGGGUGUUGGAUUACUUGGUCAGCCACUGAGUGCUCUGGCAGCUGGAGACAUGUACUAAACCUGAAGUGUCAAUAGCAAGUUAAGAUGAACAUAAUUCAAUAUCUCUGUUAGUGUUCUAAUUUAUUGUUUUGUUAUUGUGAAGCUGAAUGGUAUGGCUGAAUGAGAAGGCAGUAAUGCCAGUGUGCCGUUUUAAUUUCUGUUGACCAGUGACAGGAAACUAAAAGUAUUGAGCCUUCAGUGCAAAGUUUGUUUUUCUCAUGAGAUUAUCUACAGUCAAGUAGUUGGCUGUUUUAAAUCUGAUUUUCGUCAUUGACAUGAAAUGGACAGCUUUUUCAUGCCAAUGUUGAAUGAAUUUUUUAAAUGUGAUUGUUUCCUUGGUAUGAAGGAUUAUUUAUUGUACUAAUAUUUUUAUAUGGAGAUUCCUCUCCCCCUAAAAGUGCAAUACUUCUGGAUUGUAUAAUUUAAAUUAUAGACUUCACCAACAUCUUAUUUAUCACAUUGCUAAAUUUUUCAUAGCAAUAUAUUUCAUUCAGCCCUCCCUGAUGUGUUCUGUUGUCUUUUUCUUUUUUUUCUCUCCUUUUGAAAAAUCUUCAAAAAUGUACAGUAAGGAUUAUUAUCUCUGUCUAUAGGAAUAUCCUUUAGAUUCAAAUCUAGUACUAUUAAUGAUAAUAGUAUGGUUGUGUGUGGUAGAAUUCCUUUGUAAGAAUGUGAAUUUUUUUACAAUACAAUGACACAGUGAUGUGUUGCGGAUGAUAA